AUGUCUGAAUUUCCACAAGAUAUUUCGUUGUUUCAGGAUAUAGACCCUUAUGAGGUUCUGGAGAUUGACUUGACUACGAUAUCCAAAAAGGAUGUGACCCCUGAGCAAGUCAAGAAGGCGUACCGUAAGCUUGCGCUACGGGUUCACCCAGAUCGCGCGAAAAGCGAUUCGGAUCGACAGCAGUUCCACAACAUGUUUCAGCGGGUUGCAUUUGCAUACGGAGUGUUAGGGGAUGUUGGGCGGAAAGCUCGGUAUGAUCGAACAGGAUCUUUGGAGGAUGUCCCUUUAGACGAAGGGGAAGAUGGAGGUGUUAGUUUACGAGAGUUUCUUGAAGAGUUAUGGAAGGGAGGUUUAGAGGCGGUCAGUGCAGAUGCAAUUGAGAAGGACCGGGAGGUGUACAGAUCACAGGAGGAGUACAAGGACUUGGAAACGGCAUACAAGAGACACCGGGGGGAUAUGAGUAAGGUCUAUGAAGAGAUUUUGCACACGCGGGAUGACACAGAUGAAGAUUUUGUGCGGCUUGCGAAGAUUGUGGAGGAAGCAAUUGAGGAAGGAAAGUUGAAGAGGUUCAAGGCGUUUGGAGACUGGGAGAAGGUGCGGGAAGAGUUGUUUAAUGGGGAUGAAGAUAAGGAUGAAGAUGAAGAUGAAGAAGAUGAAGAAGAUGAAGAUGAAGAAGAUGGAGAAGAUGAAGAAGAUGAAGAAGAUGAAGAAGAUGAAGAAGAUGAAGAAGAUGAAGAAGAUGAAGAAGAUGAAGAAGAUGAAGAAGAUGAAGAAGAUGAAGAAGAUGAAGAAGAUGAAGAAGAUGAAGAAGAUGAAGAAGAUGAAGAAGAUGAAGAACAGGAAGAAGAGGGAGAAGAUUCUACACCCAAGUCCAAAUCCCAGUCCAAGUCUACAAAGAACUCCAGAUCUAGUCCACCUUUAUCAAAGAAGCUGAACCGCAAGCGGGAAGCCAAGGAAGCCGAAGCUUUGGCGGUUAAGCUGGGGUUGCGGAAUAAGGAUAAAGGUGAUGACGGAAUGGCCUCAUUGAAGGCAUUGAUUUCUCAAAAACAGGGCAAGAGAAUGGUUAGUUUAGUGAAUGGGUUGGAGGCGCGCUAUGGAGGCAAGAAUAAAAGGGUUAGACAGGAAAUAUUUGAGGAACCCAGUGAAGAGGAGUUUGAGCGGAUCCAGCGGGAAAUUGAAAAUCGGAGACAAACCCAACCCCCACGGGGAAAAAAGGGGAGAAAGUAA